AAUGGGGAGCCAGGUCCGGCCGUGAAAAAGAUAAUAAUCCCGAGCGCGACAAGUGCAAAGUGUGAUUUCUCACAUCUUGUUCCGUCUCUCUGCCGGAGGAGGUCUGUCUGUUCUGUUUUGCUGUUGAUGCCAUAUGCCGUAUUGUCGAGUGUGGUAACAUUGCAGCGCGAUACAGCCGGUAAUAACGAGUCAAGUAAACGGCAGCUCUUUUUGCGACAUUCAGCUCAGCCUUGCGAAAGCGAGGCAACCGGGGUAGAGAGAAAUGAUGCCGUCGUCGAAACCGCUUACAAGUCGGAAAUCCCUGAGGGGAUUGAGCAUGUUCACCAAGGACGGGAAUUUCAGUGAUCCAGGCACACCGACAACUCCAGGAGCACCAGGGACACCAGGCUUCGGGACACCAGGGACACCAAACAGACGCGGCACUCCGACUCGUAACGAUCGUAACGGCCGUGACCGUACCGAGCGUGACACCGGACGAAACGGGACAGCAAGAAGACCGGGGACGCCUUCCGCUUCCGGGUCGGGGUUUUUCAAAAUGGAAGGGACGAGCGUCGCCGAUGUGGGCCCCGCAGUGUCGGUACCCGCCAGAGAUGCGGUCCGAACAGAAAGAACCGCCGACACGGUGCGACGCGCUUCCUCCGCGAGAACGACACAGCGAACCAGAGAACCUUCUCAAUUGGGCGCCCAGAUUUCACGGCCUCCCUCUCGCAUGCCCUCCAUCCCAGGGCCACCUCGACAACCCAACCAACCUGUGACGCCAUCUCUACUCAAUCCGACUGUUUACACGCCUCCAACCAGGGAGCAACGAGCUGCUGCAGCCGCGUCGCGAGGUGGCCGCAAUACCUCGACAUCUUCUGCUCCCGGUGCCAGUCACCACCUUACAUCCUCCGUCAGCUUCCCUGCACAGGGACAACCAUCCCGUCCAAUGCACCGCAGCAGACCCUCGGCGCCCGAAAAUGGCCAACGGACGAAUGCCUGGGAGGAGUCGACUGUUGCGUCCAUCUUUGGCGACCAUGACAGCAGGGAUGGAAGAUCAGAAAGUAACCACGAGCGCCAGAUAAACGGAGCACAACACCCCCAGCUCGUGCGGGGCCGUCACUACAGCGACACUGCAUUCCCUCGCUCAAACACCCAGGCACAACAUCCAGCUGUCGCCCAACAACCCAAGUCUGCACGACCAACACUCGACCACGAUGAGAACUUGCCAUUCGUUAUUGGCGAAGGUGGUAUCCUCACCGUUAUCGAGGCCCCGCGAAACCGCAACGAUCCCGAUGCCGUCGCCCUAAACAAGACCAUUGAAGCUAUCACCAAGGAGCGGGAGCCAACCAUCAAGAUCGAGGACGAAUAUGAAGGUGAUCGCGCAGCAUUCAACUCGACGCCGACCAAACAACUUGGUGCCUUCCAGCGCACACGACUUCUUCACCGCGACCCGAGAAAAGGAGGAUCAGUAAGAGGUGGUCAGGGCGGAUACACAUCAGACAUACAAUCUCCAGGGAGGUCCUCAGAUACUGGCGGAGACCUGGAAAAGAGUCGGAUCGAACAGCGUCUACGCCGUGAGCGUGAACACGAGCGGCUGCGCGAACAAGAGAGGGAGAAGGAACGGAUUCGCAAGGAGGCCGAACGACGCGAGCGUGAACGCCAGCGCAAGCAUGAGAUCCAACAUCAGCGCAGCACCGUCUUUGACGACCUCACCCCCGUCGAGUCCGAAGCACCACCGCUUCCCACGCCCAACUUCAACAACACACAAGCCGCUGUUGUCCCUAGUAGCAGCGGCGGCUUCGAUCUUGACGUCUCCUCGCCUGGCAACGUCACACCUAAAGCGUCCGGCUCCCGCCAUCUACAUCCGUCACAGGUACCGAAGCAGCAGCCUCUCCCUCCCCAACUCAAAGACGCUUCGAUUGCUUUGGCGCGAACCACCAGCCGCCGCAUGAAGGAAAAGGAAGUUCAGAAGCAACAGCAACCACCGAAGCCCGCGGCCACUUCUCCAAUGCCAAUCCUAGAACAUGCCAAAAAGCGCCGUCUUUCCACCCUCGACUACGACGACGCCCAACUCUACAAGAUGCCAUACACCACUCUCCUCACUCAAUCCUUUGACGAAGACCCGCAAGAAGAGGCCCUGAAGCAACAAGCUCAAGCCACCACCAAGCUCCAACAAGACGAUUGCCCUCCAGCAGACGCAACCCUCGAAGAUAAACUCCAACAUUACAAGACCAAAUCUCCCGCUCAACAAGCCGAGUUCUUUACGCACAUGAAGAUCGACGAGUGGGACGACGCGGGCGAUUGGUUCCUGGAUCAGUUUACCUCUGUGGUAAAGCGGAUAAAGGACGCGAGGAGGGCGAAGAGGAAGAUGGUGGAGGAGUUCGAGGUGGAGAUCGCCGAGAGGGAGGGAGCGGUCAGGGGCAAAAUCGAGAAGAUUGGACGGACGCUGGAGAAUUUGAAAGAGGAGGGAAGGACGAUGAUGCAGGGGAAGGAGAUGGAUUUGGAGGAUUAGUCGUCCCAGUUGUCAUCGAUUGCAGCUCAGGAGGUGGGCUAGGUUGACUGUAACAAGUCAUUGACUUGACGACGAGAUAGACCUGUGGAAUUUCUUUGCAGUUGUUAUUUUGGCAUGGCGUUAUGGGAUGGGAAAGGUGUGAGGGAGGGACUGGAAGGAACUGGAACUGGAACAUAAAUACCCCUUGUUGUAGGAUGUGUAAUGUUCGAGGCUGGGUUGGCCAUGGAUGCUUGCUUUCGUUUGAUCUAAUAU